ACUUCUCUCCAGCCGCACGUCUUCAGCGGGCUCCUCUGGGCCACCGUACACACACACUAUUGCAGGAAAACGCUUUCCAGUUGCGAAUGAGAAGAACGUAAUAUCCCCAUAGACUGAGAAUAUAUCCCACAAAAACGUUUUAAUUCAGCUGCUUUAACCGCGUGUGAUCAUGACAGAGUACUCACACGUAAAGUCCUCCAAACUCGUCCUAAAAGGAUUAAACGAUAAAAAAAAGAAGAAAAAGAACAAGAACAAGAAGAGAAAACGAGAUGAUGAUGAAGAUAAGAUGGAUAUCGUUGGAGGCUGGUGGUCAGUGAAGAGUUUUGGUGAGAUCUCAGGAACAGUGGCCAUUGAGAUGCACAAAAACUCCUACAUUCAUGCAAUGGACACUGGACUCUUCACUGUAGGAGCUCCACAUAAAGAGGAUGAACGCCCAGAUCCUCCAGAACAGUUUACUGCCAUCAGACUCUCAGACUCCAGGAUAGCACUAAAGUCAGGCUACGGGAAGUAUUUUGGUAUAAACUCAGACGGUGUUGUGGUUGGUCGAUCAGAUGCCAUCGGCUCCAGGGAGCAGUGGGAACCAGUGUUUCAGGAUGGUAAAAUGGCCUUGCUUGCUGCAAACAGUUGUUUCAUCUCGUACAGUGAGAGUGGAGACAUAGUGGCCAAAAACAAGACAGCUGGAGAGGAGGAGAUAAUAAAGAUCCGUUCAUGCACAGAAAGAGAGGUGAAGAGAAAAGACGAUAUAGCAGAUGAAGACAGGGGUGAUGUCAAGAACUGUGAGGUCAACUAUGUGAAGAAGUUCCAGAGUUUCCAGGAUCGGAAGCUGAGAGUGAAUGAGGAAGACAGCAGUUUGCUGAAAACAGCCAGAACAGAUGGAAAAUUCCAUGAGGCACUGCUAGACAGGAGAGCCAAGAUGAAGGCUGACAGAUACUGCAAGUGAAUCCAGAAGUGUUUUUUUUCUUCUUCUUCGAUUAAAUUUUACAUUGGCAUGGAAUCACUGCCAUUUUUUUUUUAAUAAACCUAGUCACUUUUCACAAGAAAAUGUUUUGUUGUUGUUUUUAGAUAGCCUAUAAGUUAUAUUGUUAUUAGAU